UUGGUCUAUGCCUUAGAUUUAGAACAUUAAUAAUUAUUCUAAAGUCUAUGCAAAACACAACAAUCAGUUGUCAACCUCCAAAUGUCAAGUUUGUAAAUAAAACCAGAAAUAUUUUGCAUGAAAUUUUCAAUCACAGUUUAAUGGUCCUAUUUGGAUAAGCUUGAAAUCAUUUGAGACGAAAAUAGAAAAUGAAUCAUGGACUCCCUAAAAAUUGUUUUUGGAAGAAAGCAAUUCUUAUUCGCUAAAACCCUGAUUAAUAAACGUACCUACGCCAGAUUAGCUGAGGUUGGUAGAUUAGAAUCUCCCAAAUUGGGGGGAAAGUAUGAAACAGGGCAGCUUAUUUUACAUCGUGUGUUUGGAUACAGAGGUGUUGUUUUAUUUCCAUGGAUAGCCAGGGUCUAUGAUCGCGAUAUACCACAACAAAAGGAAGAUAAUGGUGAAGCGCUAGGCAGUCGUGGACUCGGAAAAGAGGUUAAAGGAAGGACACAUUCAUUUUACCAAGUUUUGAUAGACCAAAGAGAUUGUCCCUAUAUUAGAGCCCAAACAGAAGCAGUUACAUUUUUGGGGAAUCAAGAAUCCUCCAGAAGUUUAUAUGCUAUCCCAGGACUAGACUACGUUGCUCAUGAAGAUAUAAUGCCAUAUUCAAGUGUUGAAAAAAGUCCCUUGCAGCAUGAGUUAUUUGAUAAAUUUUUAGAGUAUGACAAAACUAGAGAUCCUCCAUUUGUUGCUCACGAAACCUUACGUGCUUGGCAGAAGAAGAACCAUCCUUGGUUGGAGCUCUCAGAUGUCCACAAAGAAACCACAGAGAACAUUCGAGUUACUGUGAUACCUUUUUACAUGGGAUGUAGAGAAUCUCAUGCUAAUUCUGUAUAUUGGUGGAGAUACUGUAUAAGAUUGGAGAACUUAGGACAUCUGAGCGUACAACUGCGAGAAAGGCACUGGCGUAUCUUUUCACUGUCAGGUACUUUGGAAACUGUAAGGGGUCGAGGAGUUGUAGGACAAGAACCUGCUCUAACAAAGUCCAUGCCUGCUUUUCAGUACAGCAGUCAUGUGAGUUUACAGGCUCCUAGCGGUCAUAUGUGGGGAACAUUCAGAAUGGAAAGAGAGGAUGGAUACACAUUUGACUGCAGGAUUCCACCGUUCUCUUUAGAGAGCAAAGCAGACAAUGUCCCUGCAACUCCACCACACUGAAACGACUGAAUUUUUUUAGUUUGAAUAUUUUACUAUAUAUUCAUUUGAAUUUAAUAAAUUAUCUGUGGAAUA